AUGAGCCCAAGUAACGACUCCACGCCCAAGGUGGCACAGUUUGGCGGCACAAACUAUCCGUUAUGGGCGUUCAGAAUGAAGAUGUACCUCACCUUUAAGGGGUUAUGGGAAGCGGUUAACGCCACAUCUGGCGUCUCCGAGGCGAAGGAGCAGCAGGCGCAUGCGGCAAUCGUGCUCAACUUGAGCGAUACUCAGCUCAUGCAUGUCAUUACAACGAGUAGUGCAUGCGAAGCAUGGGGAGCACUCGCGCGAGUUCAUCGGACCCAAGACAUGGCAAGUCGGCUGUGGCUAAAGGAGAAGUUUGCGACAUUCAAGUUUACGGCAUCGGACAUGAGCGCCCACGUUAUGGAGCUGGAGCGGCUCGUGCUGGAAAUGAACGGAGCUUCGUGUGGACCAAGUGAAGAUACGUGUGCAACGUUGCUGCGAAGUCUCCCGGCGCAAUACGAGGGACUGGUGCAGGCUUUUUGCAUGAGCGUCACACAAUUCAGCUUUAAAGAUCUGGUGAGCAAGCUGAUCGCCGAGGAAGUGCGCAAGAAGGAUUCGACGCGCAUUGAAGACGAGACAGCGCUACAUGUCGGCAAACGACAGGAGAAGAAAAGCUUUAACAGAAGGAGCGGUGGUCCGCGGAAGACAGGGUCAAGUGUUCAGUGCUUUAAUUGUGGUAAGCGCGGACACUACGCGCGAGACUGCAGGAAAAAGAAAGCUGCUAAUGGCGAGAGACAAGAAGACCACUUGAAUGUGGCGUUCACAGUAACUCAAGGAAAUACGAGCGACUGCUGGAUCAUGGACAGCGGCGCAACGGCGCACAUGUGCAAGGACAAAGACGCGUUUAUCGACUAUACGGCAUCACCGACGGCACGCAACGUGAAAAGCGCGAAAACAGUGCAAGCUUAA